GUGAAUUGCUUUCCAAAGAAGCACCAUUUGUUUUGUUUCAGUCUUUCAGAGCGCUAAAGUCAACCCCUGAAGAAAACAGGGGAUGUUGCAGGCUUGUAGCUUACCAUAGUUGAUCAUCCUUCAAGUUAGAUAACAUGGCUGGCGUAGUGGGUGGAGCUUUCCUCUCUGCUUCCCUUCAGGUCUUGUUCGAUAGAUUGGCUUCUCAUCAAGUCGUUGACUUCAUCCGCGGCAACAAGCUCAACGCUGGACUUCUCAGAAAGCUAGAAAUCACUCUGCUUUCUGUCAAUUCUGUGCUCAGUGAUGCCGAGGACAAGCAGAUAACCAAUUCUGCUGUGAAAGAAUGGCUUGAUGAGCUUAGAGCUGCUGUCUAUGAUGCCGAGGACCUCUUGGCUAACUUCAGCUCUGAAGCUUUGGAGAAAGAGCUUCAAGAGGAAACUGAAUCCGGAAGCAGCGGCGGAAUUCAGGUAAAAAAUAUCAAAUUGCAUCUAUUGAAUGCAUUGGAUGAAUGGUUGGAGCCCAAGAUAGAGGAAAUUGUUGAAAGACUAGAGUUUAUUGCUAAGAAGAAGUAUGUUCUUGGAUUGAAAGAGGGUAUCAAAGAUGUAGCAGUAAGAAGAUUGCCUGCAACUUCUUUGGUGGAGGAGUCUGGUGUGUAUGGUAGGGAUGAGGACAGAGAGUUCAUUGUGAGGUUGUUGCUUUCAGAUGGUAUGGAUGUUUGUGGCAAUAAGAUUUGUGUGAUUCCCAUAGUGGGUAUGGGUGGAAUUGGCAAGACCACCCUUGCUCAGCUUGUGUACAAUGAUGAUGAAGUGAAGGGAUACUUUGACCUCAAGGCAUGGGUGUGUGUUUCGGAAGAAUUUGAUGUGUUGAGGAUAACUAAAACAAUUUUCGAGACAAUCACUUCGGCGCCUUGUGGUAUCACUGAUCUGAAUUUGCUUCAAGUUAAAUUGAAAGAUGAACUGAUGGCUAAGAAGUUUCUGCUUGUUCUAGAUGAUGUUUGGAAUGAGAACUACAUUGAUUGGGACGACUUGAAGAAACCUUUCUUGUCUGGGAUUCAUGGGAGUAAGAUUGUUGUGACAACUCGCAGCGAAAAUGUUGCAAUGAUCAUGGGCACUGUUCCAUCUCAUCGUCUGAGACAAUUGAGUGAUGAAGAUUGUUGGCUGUUGUUUGCAAAGCAUGCCUUCAACAAUGUAGAGUCAAGAGACCAACCAGUACUAGAAGAAAUGGGGAGGGAAAUUGUCAAAAAGUGCAAAGGGCUUGCAUUAGCUGCAAAAAUGCUUGGGGGUCUCCUGCGAUCAAGACUAGAUCCUGAUGAUUGGCAUAAGAUACUUACUAGUGAGAUUUGGGAUUCGUCAGAAGAAACUCAUAACAUUCUGCCAGCUCUAAGGUUGAGUUAUGACCAUCUCCCAUCACAUUUGAAGCAGUGCUUUUCUUAUUGUUCAAUAUUCCCCAAAGACUAUGAGUUUGGAAGGAACGAAUUGGUCCUGUUGUGGAUGGCUGCAGAUCUUUUAGAACAACCCAAAAGAAAGAAGAGGAUGGAAGAAGUGGGAGAAGAGUAUUUCCAUGAUCUAAUAUCAAGGUCGCUUUUUCAGCAAUCUAGUACAAAUCAAUCGCUUUUUGUCAUGCAUGACCUUGUUAAUGAUUUGGCUAAAUAUGUCUCUGGAGAAUUUUGUCUUCGGUUGGAGGAUGGUGUCUCAGAUAAACUGGUAAGAAGGACUCGUCAUUUGUCAUUUUCUAGAACUGCACAUGAUGACUUUAAGAAAUUUAAGAUGUUGUAUGAAGCUAAGUGCUUACGCACUUUCCUACCACUCAAAUUUCAAGCACCGUAUGGACGCUUUCAUUUGUCUAACAAGGUAACCCAUGAUCUUUUACCAAGGCUACGCUGCUUGCGAGUUCUCUCUCUAUCGCAGUACAAACUCAGCAAGUUGCCUGAAUCAGUGGGAAAUUUGAAGCAUCUGCGGCAUUUGGAUCUCUCUCACACUGCAAUUCAGAGGUUACCUGAGAGUGUAAGUACCUUGUACCAAUUGAAAACAUUGAUACUGUCAUGCUGUUUCUCUCUUACUGAGUUGCCAACAAACAUGGGAAGACUAGUCAACUUGCGUCAUCUGGACAUUAGUCAUACCAAGUUAAAAGAGAUGCCAUUACAGAUGAGUAAAAUGAAGAACCUACAUACAUUAACUGAUUUUGUUCUUGGCAAAAAUAGUGGUUGCAACAUCAAGGAGUUGAGAGAGCUCCAGCAACUUCGCGGAACACUAUCUAUUUCAGGACUACAAAAUGUAACCCAUGAUGUGUAUGCUGUGGAGGCGAAUAUGAAGGCUAAGAAGUACCUUGAUGAGCUAGUCUUGAAAUGGGCUGGUCAUGCUGAUGAUUCACAGUAUGAAAGGAAUGUACUUGAAAGUCUUAAACCUCAUGUGAGUUUGAAAGAACUCAAAAUUGAAUAUUUUGGGGGUACUAGAUUUCCGGAUUGGCUAGGAGACCAUUCCUUCUCCAAUAUGGUAUCUUUAUGUCUUAAAGACUGUAAAGAUUGCUGCUUCUUGCCACCACUUGGGCAGUUACCGUCUCUUAAAAAGCUUUGUAUCUCUGGGUUGGACGGGGUAGGGAAGGUUGGUGCUGAGUUUUAUGGUGAUUGUGCAGUAAAUAAGCCGUUUAAAUCCCUAGAAAUUUUGAAGUUAGAGGAUAUGUUUGAGUGGCAGGAGUGGUCCUGUUUUGGAGGUGACAAUGUUGGUGGUGCUUUCCCUUGCCUUCAGGAGCUUUAUCUACAACGUUGUCCCAAACUGACAGGAGGGUUACCCGACUAUCUUCCAUCUCUGACAACGCUAUGGAUUUUCAAAUGCCAGCAGCUGGUGGCCUCCCUUCCAAGGGCUCCAUCUAUCCGUGAUUUGAAGUUUGGAUAUUGUGAUGGGUUGCAGUUAAAAGAAUUGCCUUCUGAACUGCACUGGCUCAGAAUUGAAGGAUGCCAUGUCCUGGAGUCUAUACCUGGUCAUGUGAAGGAAACAAAUCCUUGUCUUCAGGAGUUAUUUAUCUCUGACUGUUCUUCUCUGGUGUCCUUUCCUAAGGAUGGAUUACCUGCUACACUGAAAGCCAUUGAAAUUGAGAACUGUGGGAGGUUAGAGAUACCUGUUGACCACUACUAUGCUUCCCUUGAAAGCUUGGCCAUAUGGAGUAGUUGCGAUUCUUUAGAGUCCUUUCCAUUGGAACUGUUCCCAAACUUGAACAAUCUCAAAAUUCGGAGCUGCAAAGGUCUAAAAUCACUUUCUUUUUCAGGUGAACCAGACCAUGAGCUCUUGGCUCUGAGUUUCUUGGAAAUCUGGGAUUGUCCUAGUUUGGUUUCAUUCCCUGAUAGAGGGUUGCCAACACCCAACCUGACCCAGUUUAAGGUAACAGAUUGUAUGAAUUUGAGGUCGCUUCCUGAACUGAUGGACAAACUUCUAUCUCUUCAGUACUUAGAAAUAUCUGGAUGUCCAGAACUUGAGUUGUUUCCUGAUGGGGGUUUGCCCUCCAAUUUGAGUUCACUCUACAUUUGGGAUUGCAACAAACUUGUCACACAGAGAGUGCAAUGGAAGCUGAAAAAUCUUGUUUCUCUCAGAUGUUUGAGUAUCAUGGGUGGAAAGCGGGCUGAUGUGCAGUGCUUUCCAGAAGAGGGGCUGCUGCCUACCUCUCUUACUUCUCUCUCCAUCUGUGGACUUCCAAAUCUAACAUCACUUGAUAAAGGGCUUCAACAACUCACAGCUCUUGAAAAAUUGGAAAUCAGCCACUGUCGUAAGCUCCAGUGCUUACCUGAAGAGGGGCUGACACCUCUUUCAUAUCUUUGCAUCCGCAAAUGUCCUUUGUUAAAACAAAGCUGCCAGAGGGAUAGAGAAGAUUGGUCCAAGAUAGCACAUAUCCCUUGCAUUGAGAUUGAUAAUGACAUGAUUUUAUGAGCUAAAAUGUUGAAGGAUCUCUUACAGUUCGUUUACUUUCAGUUUCACUCAUCGCAUAUCUUUCGUGAAGGUAACCAAGUUGCGGAUGCUUUGACAAAUCAUGGUGUCAACUGCACAGGUUUGGUUUGGUGGGAUCUUCCACCCCCAUUUAUUACUUCUUUUUGUAGUCGUGAUUGGUUGGGUCUUCCUAAUUUUCGAUUCUGUUAGUUGUUUGUCUGAUUGGUUUGUAGAGACGAGGUUCUUUCUCUUGUACUUCGUUUUUUGUGUUCUGCUAGGGUAAGGUUUAUGUCCCCCCCCCCAAGUGGCCGUCUUCUUUUCUUUUUCUAAUAAAUUUCCUCGUUCAUUGAGGUUUACCAAAAAAAAAAAAUAAUAAAUCAUGGCUUCUCUUUCCUUGUGGUUUCUGUUCGUAUCUUUCUUUCUUUUCUCUGUCUUUCUCCUUAGCUAUGCCUUAUGAAUUUACUAUAUCUAAGAUGUCGAACCUUAAGCUGACUAAAAUAUCCAGCAAUAUCAGCAUAAGAGCUCCAAACGGCAGUCUUAUUCUUGGUCUUUUCGCUGAAGAAUUUCAUUCUCAUUUGCAAUCCUCAAAUCCUUGUAGUGUACAAGCGUCUGCAUGUGAAGUUUCCUAUGCAAAUGGAUUGGGAGAACCUAUCCUAAAAUGACAUGUCCUUGUAUCCCAAAAAAAAAAUGACAUGUCCUCAUCCUCCGUCCUCGUCCAUUUCUUUCUUGUUAUUCUUGGAUUGCGACAGGUCUCUAUCUGUAGCGAUUAUGCAGCUCCUCUCUUACAUAUGUUUAUGAUGAAACGUUUAAUAUAUCUAAGAUGUCGAACCUUAAGCUGACUAAAAUAUCAAGCAAUAUCAGCAUAUGAGCUCCAAAUCGCAGUCUCAUUCUUGGUCUUUUCGCUGAAGAAUUUCAUUCUCAUUUGAACUCCUCAAAUCCUCGUAGCGUACAAGAGUGUCUGCAUGUGAAGUUUCCUAUGCAAAUGGAUUGGGAGCACCUAUAUCCUAAAAUGUUAUCCUCCGUCGUCAUCCAUUUCUUUCUUGUUAUUCUUGGAUUGCGACAGGUUUCUAUCCGUAGCGAUUAUGCUGCUCCUCCCUUACACGUGUAUGAUAAAUGAAACGUUUAUGCAGCUAUUAUUUGACUCCCACUUUGCAUCAUCUUUUUGCAUAUCUUAUCUUUCCUGGAAUUCUCAUGUGUAAAAGGUUUUUGUUAUUUCACUGAAGGAGGACGAUUGUAACAAGUCACUUUAAUUUACUACAAGGAAGCAGUGGUAGAGAUGGUUCUUGCAAUAGGUCCACUGGCUAAUGGUAUUAAUCACUAGAAUUUUUCGUCAUCAUAUUAAUCUGUUUAUCUCAAGAGCUGCCUUCUUGUUUGCAUAACUCGUAUUGAGUUUAUCGCCGCAUUUUUGUCCUGAUGUUGGCCAAUGGCUACUAUUUUAGGAUCAUUAUUGCACUUGGACAUGCCUCCCUCUGCUUUGGUGGGUGAAGAGUACAGCACCAAACAUGUCUCUUACAUUCUUCUCCAGGCUCAUCAACAACUUCUCUCCAAACUCCAUUAUCUGUGUAGGUGGAUUCGGUCCGAUAUACAAGGCUGAGCUCUCCAAUGGCUCUACUGUGGCUUUGAAAUAUUUGGACUCAAAUGCAUUUGGAGGGUUCUCGUAUAUUCAUGCUGAAAUAAAAACAAUAGGGAAGCUCCGCCAUCCCAAUCUUGUCAAGCUUCUAGGACGUUGCAUGUCCAGUUCCGGCAGGUUUCUUGUUUAUGAGUUCAUCGAGAAUGGUAGUCUCCACGAGUGGCUGCAUGGACAGCGGGGAGUCCGAGAUCCGAUGGCAUUGCCUUGGGAAACAAGAAUGAAGAUUGUGAAGGGUGUUGCUGAUGCUCUUAAAUAUUUGCAUGGAUUGGAAAGACCAGUCAUUCACAGGGAUAUAAAGGCCGGCCACGUGUUAUUAGACUCUAAUUUUGAGGCUCAUCUUACUGAUUUCGGGCUGGCUCGAAUGCUGGAACCCUCAGAGACGCACUUGUCAACCUAUAUCAAUGCUGGUUCUUUCUGGUAUAGGCCACCGGAGUAUUUAUUCAGUAAGGCAUCGUGGGCGACAUUGAAAGGCGAUGUAUACAGCUUUGGAGUUUUGAUGUUGGAGAUAGCAUCUGGGAAGCCUCCGAGUUCCAUGGACAUCCAUCCUUCCUUCAGGUUACGGCUUCCUCAAUGUGCCAAGAAGCUUGUUGCCCAAAACAUGCACAUGGAUUUAGUGGAUUCAAGGAUUUUGAGGCAGGAAUUAAACGAAGCUAGUGUUAUAGAGUAUUUUAGGAUUGCUCUUAGUUGUCUCAAGAAAGACCCCAAGAAAAGACCUGAAAUGAGUGAGGUUGUACAAAUGUUGAAUGAACUUCCCAUGUGAUGAUGCUCUUGUAAAUCCUGCAGUUCGUUUUCUUACAACGUACAGAGAGGUUUUUCUCUA